UCGUGUCGUGUGUGCUUUGCAGUUUAAAGCUAUCGUUUUUUAUUGUAACCAGCAGGGGGAAAUUUAGAGUUAAUGUUCAGUGACUGAGGUCUUUGCUUUUUAAGAAAGAAGCGACGAAUUUAAAAGAUUCUGAGCCAGCAACACGGGAAUGCUUCCGAAUUUACUGUUUAAGGGACGAUGUGAAUAAGUGAAUAUGGAGUUUGAUGUUUUAGCGGCGAUCCAUCGGCAGAGACAGACCUGACGAUCUAGGUAGCAAGCGUCGUUAAAGCGACAUUUAUUAGUCUGUUUAACCAAAAAGCAACACAAGUACAUUUUAAAGAAUAAGGCAGUCUAAAUCGGAAGAAAGAACGUGAGGAAUGGCAGCCUGUUUGACAGCAGAAGAGGAGCAGGCCACAAAGCAGUUCCUGGAGGAGAUAAACAAGUGGACUACACAGCAUGGAGUCUCUCCUUUGUCCUGGAAUGUGGCUGUCAAGUUUCUUAUGGCUCGGAAAUUUGACGUCCUACGAGCCAUUGAGCUCUUCCACAGCUACAGGGAGACUCGUCUGAAGGAGGGGAUCGUGAAGCUACAGCCCCAGGAGGAGCCACUGAGGUCUGAGCUCCUGAGUGGAAAAUUCACCGUGCUAAGUGUGCGCGACCCGUCUGGAGCCUCCAUUGCCCUCUACACUGCCCGGCUGCACCAUCCAAACCAGACAGGAAACCAUGUGGUUCUGCAGGCCCUGUUUUACCUGCUAGACCGGGCUGUAGAGAGCUUUGAAACGCAGAGGAACGGACUGGUGUUUAUCUAUGACAUGGCCGGCUCCAACUACACUAACUUUGAACUGGACCUCAGCAAGAAAAUCCUUAACCUGCUCAAGGGUGCGUUCCCUGCCAGGCUAAAGAAGGUGUUCAUCGUUGGGGCUCCAGUCUGGUUCCGAGUGCCGUACAACCUCCUGAGCCUGCUUCUGAAAGAAAAGUUAAGAGAGAGGGUGCAGAUGGUGAAGAUGGCCGACCUCAGGCAGCACCUGCCCCGUGACUGCCUGCCUGAGCACUUGGGGGGUUUGCUGGCUCUGGACGCUCAUGGCUGGAACCGGCAGCUGUUGGCAGGCCAAAACGGCCGUGUUGACCCCGUUGAUGAGCUCGUGGGCAUCCCACUGGAGGAGGGCUCCAUCCACACGCCAGGGCCUGAGGCCAUGAGGCUCACUGAGCUGCUGGCCCACUUAGGCCGGGUCCAGCGCGCCGGGAUCCACGAAGAGUAUGAGGAGAUCCGCAAGGAGACUCCGCCUGGAACCUUCCACAGUGCCCUAGCGGCAGCCAACCAAGAAAGGAAUCGCUAUGGAGACGUUUUGUGCUUGGACCAAACACGCGUUCGCCUUAAACCAAGAAGAAAUGAGAAAUCUGACUACAUCAAUGCCAGCUUUAUGGAUGGUUACAAACAGAAGAAUGCCUACAUUGGUACUCAAGGUCCACUGGAGAAAACCUAUGCCCAUUUUUGGAGGAUGAUCUGGGAGCAGAAUGUGCUUGUCAUUGUCAUGACAACAAGGACGGAUGAGAGUGGACGGAGGAAGUGUGGUCAGUACUGGCCCCUAGAGGAAGGAGGACAGGAGGUAUACGGUCACAUUGCAGUGGUGAACCAGAGGGUGGACAGCCACACUCACUAUAACCAGACCACUCUGGAGCUGCACAACACUGAGAACUGCGAGCAGAGGCAGGUGACACACUUCCAGUACCUGAGCUGGCCUGACUACGGCGUGCCCACCUCCGCCAUCACGCUCAUCGAUUUCCUGGGCGCUGUGAAGAUGCAGCAGAGGAAGGCUCUGAAAGCCAUGGGCCCUCAGUGGAAGGGCCACCAUGGGGGACCCCCAAUGGUCGUCCACUGCAGCGCUGGGAUUGGCAGGACAGGUACUCUUUGUGCUCUGGACAUCUGUCUGUCCCAGCUGCAGGAUGUGGGAACAUUGAAUAUCUGUCAGACAGUGCGCAGGAUGAGAACGCAGAGAGCCUUCAGCAUCCAGACCCCGGAGCAGUAUUACUUCUGCCACACCGCCAUCCUGGAACAUGCCCAGCAGCAGGGCAAUCUCACAGCCUAUCAGUGAAGUUGGCACAGUGCCAUCACUCCCUCCCAUCCAGCACACCAACCAAUCACAGGCACUAAAAGUUGCCAUGACUGACCUGGUCCCUCCUCCUUUUUUUAUCUUCCACACAGAGUCAUCAGUUGCAGCAGCCAAAUGCCAAGUAAUGACAAAUAACAAUACACAACAGGGGGCCACAGCUACGCAGCAAUCUAGUCAUAAGGAAUGGAGUCCACUGCUGUUUGGGAGGUCUAUAUCUGAACAGGAACCUGACAAAUGAGCCCAGACAUUGUUUGGCACACAGUUCAUGUCUUAACUGUAGUCUGUCCUCAGUGUGGUGUUUAGUGACCAAGGUACUUGUGGUAACCGAUGAUUCAAUCAGAUUGUCACUGGCAUUUUACGAAUCAACUGCCUUUGAUUGCUUGUGUUUUUUUGGCAGCUUUUGUGUUAAGUUAAUUGACCUGGGAGAGUUGCUGCUCCUUCAUAUAUACAACCAGCAGCAGGAAGGGAAAGUGUGUCAGUAACACAAAAAAGUAACUGCCUUAAAUUCGUCAUUGUUUUUUUCUCCUUGGGUAUUGCUCAAAGCUUUGCUAUGGUAUGAAUACCCCUUUAAUGUCAGUCAUUUCUGGUUAAUAAGAUGUCCUUCACUCCUUUAAGUACCUGUAAUCUUACCGGCGACCAUUACAUGGUGAUGUCAUUGUACUUGUUCUCCUGUCUGUUUUGAUAGCAUCCUGGCUAACAUGGUGGGGGGUCACUGGGGUCUCGGCAGACCUGAGUUGCCGCAUUGGCGGAACCAUUUGGUUUUUUUCCUCUGCCUUUGCCCAGUGUAGAUUCUUGAACCUUGUCAGGAGAGCCAGCUUGGAAUUAUCUGUAGUAUUUUUCAAUUACUUUAUUUUCAUGAGCCGUAUGCCAUUAAAUAACAAGGGCAGAAAAUGUGCAAUUUUGGGAAGACCAUCUGGAGGAGGUGGUGAUCCAUAAGCAGCAGACAGUCAGAAAUCCAAAAUGAUCUGCUGCAUGGGUGAAGGUUAGUUCUGUUAAUGGCUAGUGGUUCAGUGGUUUACAGAUCUGCAUUUCAUAGAAGUUUGUGAAUGAUCCAAGAUGAUAGUGUCACGUGGCUACCUGUUUAUUGGUAACAGGCUGACUCCAGAGCAAGAAUCUGCAUUAAAGGAAAUCUGUUUCUCUUGACUCAUGCUGUGGCCCCAGUUCUCAAGGCUUUUGCCUCUACUUAUGGGUGCAAAGUCCUGUUUUCAGUUCACUUUUGAGAGCAGCCAUUUGCAAUGUACAGUUCUGUACUUAAACCAGCCUGCUCCUCUAUGGAUAUUAUUUUUUGUGACCACUGUUUGCACUUUAGUGGAUUUCAACAAUCAACAAGUUUCUCUCACUCUCAGCCUGGACCAAUGCUUAAAUAGUUAAAGAACCAGGGCCUCAACUUGCUAACAGUAAGCCAGGCAAGCACUCUGCAAACCCAUGUGCAGUGUGUCCUGUAGAUCGGGUACUGCUCCGCUAUACUUCUUUUGAUGAAGUAGAAGAGGAACAGAGUGUUUGUCUCCCUUCUCCACUCUCUCUCUACCCGUAAUAUGCAGUGUAGUUCUUGCAGGGAGCCACAUUGAAGCACUUUCCCACAAGCCUUCUGCUUUCUUCUGCUAUAUUCAUAGCUUGGUAAAAAAUAUGUUAAAUGUAUGAUUGCUGUAGUCAUAUAGCAGUGAUGGAAACAUAGAGCUCGGGACAGACUAAAUUCAUGGGUUUCCCCUCUUGGUUCAAGGAAGAGCUUGGAUGAAAAACCAGCCUUCAGAUUCCCUGUUCAGUCAUGUGCUUGGCUGUGGACCAUGUCUCCCAUUUUUUUUCUCUGAAUGUCAUAUGAGCAAGCACAUUUCUCGCCACCAAAUUCAUAUUGAAUUUGCUCAUGGCGAGGCACCCCGAAAGAUUACCCUUGACAGGUGCUCACAGCAAUCCCAUUGUUUUUACUGUUUUGUCAAAUGGGCAUGACACAUGGCUGGUCUUUAUUUUUCUAUUUCG